AUCAAUAUAUAAUUUAUAUAUAUACACAAACCUUCAGCGCGAACAAACCUUAAUAAGAUAGCAUCUGGUUUUUAAAGCGAAGUCCUCAGACUGAUAUUCAUAAAUAAAGUACGGCGAGAUCGAUGCUAUUAUUGCUAUAAACGCCAGCAUUUUUCUCACAGUAUUGAAUCAGUAAACAUAUCGGUAUUUGUGUUGUGUAGAUACUAAAAUAUAGUCUCUGUCUCAUUGCACAGGAGUGUAUAUCUGAGUGUUAUAUAUUCUAAAAAAAUCAGUAUCAUAUACUUCGGCAGAUCAAAUGCCGUAUAAUUAAUUACACUGCCCAUGGGAUUGGGCAAGAAAUAUGAUAACAUUCGUCGAGUGUUGCACAACGUAAUUGUACAUAUGUAAACUAGAUUAAUCCUGUCUGUAUAAAACAUCACCUUUCGACUAACAUGCAUGCAAAUGAGUCGUAUACAGGCACGAUAUUCGUCUGAAACUACACUGUCUAUGUUAACAACUUUCACAUACUUUAAGGCCGGUAGAUAUAUCAAAUUUCAUAUCGUACGCUAUUCUCCAUCAAUAUUUUGUUGCUCUGUGCGAGUCUCGUCUAGUCAAAUGGCCUUGGAUACCGAAAUUGCCAUAUCGAUUUAGCAUGCGAAGACACAUACGAUGCGUGUAAUUUUUGCGACACCCGCCCACACAACAUUGAUUAAACGACAAUGAAAUAUGUUUACUUUUGAACGCCUAAAAGUGCUCUCUAUCAAAACACGAAAGCUUUGAACAAAUUUGGAGUUCAUGCUGACCGCACUCGAGUUUGAAAACAAACACUUCCUGCGUUGCAAGGUAGUACUGAAUAACAACCUCAUAUAUAAGGUAGCCAGAAAUCUUUGUUGUCAUGGAUGGAAAACAGAGUUUGAUGUCAGAUAACACAUCUGAGCUAUCGGCCGAAAAGUCCCAUUCGGUCAAUCAUCUAGGAAUACCCUCUAGUUACAACAGAGGUGUAAGAAAACGAAGUUUUGAUGAUGCACAGAGUCGUCUGAAAUCACGAAAAAUUCUUGGCUUGGGUGGAAAAGAAUCAUCCAAGGUACUUCAAGUAUUAGGAAAUUGUGAGCACUUAGAAACAAAGUUGCCAAUUGGAUUGAGCCUAUGGCUCACUUUCUCUUCGCUAAUGUUUCUUGCAAUGGCCCUUCUGUGCAUCCUGUUAUUUAAACCAUUUUCAUAUUUACUGGGUGUUGAUCAUUCUCCCCGCAUAAAUGUGAUGGAAGUCAGACUGUUGGGAGCUACAUUCGCUGGUUUAUCUGGUCUGACUUGGUUGACAAAUGCAACUUCUUACUUUGUGCUAAGGAAUGUUCUAUUAACACAUUUGGUUUACUUUGGAAUUGCAGCUUUUGUAUUCACCCGCGAACUUUACGUAGAGUACAACAAAUACAUCGCCUUGUCGUUGAUCUUCCACGUCGCCAUUUUUUUCGUGACACUUGCUUACGUCAUCAUGUUACAACGAGUGAAUCAACCAGUUCCUGACAAACCGGUCAGUUUUGCUGACUCAGAUGAUGGCGAAGCAUUUAAUUGAGAACUUACAGAGCAAAUGGAAUGGUUGUAAAUUUUCUUUCAUCAUGCGUUCGCAAGGUGGAUAGAAUAAUUGGGAACUUGACCGCCGUCUAAAUGAUUUCGAUAUUACUAGGAUAUGUAUAUGUAUAUUUGUAAUGGUACGGUCAGCCAUAUCUCAUACCUUUUGUUUGAAAAAAAAACAAGUGACUUUCGAGAGACUAAGAAGAUUGCAAGGAUUUGAUACAUAUUAAGAAAGAGGAGGUAGCCAUGAUCUCAUGGUUCCAGAAUAUCCCAAAUUUUUAGAAUACUUAGAAAGCUUGUGUAUUUGUUUUUGUUGCCCCGUUUAAUGGGUGGCAAGUGAGAGGGACGGGGGGGGGGCUAGCAUGCCAAACAAUAUCUAUUAUUGUAGCUAAUUACAUCACAGAUACUUAUAUUGUAGCAAAUUACACCACAGAUAAUCAUGCCCAUUUCAAACUUCACACCUAAAGCAAUCCCGAAAGGCCUAAACGUCCCUUUUCGAGAAUACCAAACUAUAUCAUUUUAAAUAAUUACAUGACAGAUACUUAUUAAGAAUUAAAAAACAAAGUCAAUAGUCAGAAUCUAGAGCAAAUUAUGUAACAAAUUGAACCAGAAGAAUAUAACGAUGGAGGGUUUGUAUCUAUACUUUGAAAAAAAAGAUUAGUAUAUG